AUGCGGGCGACUGAUGGAAAUUUUCGACUUGACGUCCUCCCUUUGCUUAUACGAGGACGAGUAGACUUCCUCAAAAUCAUAGGCCCAUGUCAAUUGAACCACCUGCCCACCUCUCUUCUGGCUUGUAAACUUCUUUCUUAUUGUUAUUUUCUAUUUUUAUUCAACUUCUUCCUUUUCCUCCCUUAUCAGUCAUCUUAUUUUUUACCUCUCUUAUUUGACCGCAUCCUUUUCUUUUUCUCACUGACUCGACUAACCUUGUCUUUUUCUCCUUUAUUCAAUCAAUCCUUUGUAUUUUUCGCUUUUAACCGACGUCUUCCUUUUCUUUUCAUCCUUUCUUCGACCUCAUUUGAGCUCUUUCUUUUUUCUUUCCUAUUCAACUUCUUUAUUUUUUCCCUUAUUCAACCUCUUCCUUUUUCCACUCUUGUUUGGCUUGUUCCUUUUCCUACUUAUUCGACUUCUUUCUUUUUUCCUCCCUUAUUCAACCUCUCCCUUUUCUUUUUUCCUCCCUUAUACAACGCCUCCCUUUUCUUUUUCUUUCUUUAUUCAACCUCUCCCUUUUCUUUUCCUUUCUUUAUUCAACCUCUCCCUUUUCUUUUCCUCUCUUGUUUGGCUUCUUCCCUUUUCUUUUUCUCCCUUAUUUGA